AUGAAUUAUAGAGUAUAUGGUCAUUUUUAUUCACGAUGUAAUUCUAUAAAAUUGAAUACAAGUGAAUCCUUGGAACAAAUAGAAAAUUCCCAUAUAUGUCGAAUAGAUAAUUCACAACAAAUAGAAUUAGCCAAUUGUUCUAAUUUUGAAGGUUCAAGGAGUUUAUAUAACAAAUAUUCUGGAAAAUCUGGAAAUAGUUCAAUUUAUUCGGAAAGGUUAAGUGAAGAAUCUAUUGAUAACUCUUUACAAAAUAAUUCAAGAUAUAUGACAGAAUCUAGAUCUUUAGAUUCUAAUAGACUUCUUAUAUUUGAUUUAUUACGUUAUAGUUUAGGUAUUCCAAAGAAAGAUAAAUAUAAAAGUUUAUUUAUUCUCCCAACAAGAAAGAUUAUUAUUACUGUUUCUAUGUUAUUAUGGUGGUUUAUAAUUUUAUUAGUAUUUACUACUGCAAGAUACUUAACAACUAGAACUUUAUAUGCACCUUUUUGUAUGGAAUUUGAUUGUACAGAUUAUGUUUUAGUAGAAUCUUCCAGACAAGAUUUUUACAGCCAAUUUUUAAUUAAUUUUUUUAAUAAUAAAGAAUAUGUAGAAGCUUUGAAUUAUAUACCCCCUGGAGGUAAUGAUAUGUGUAUUGCUUUACAUUCUAUAAAACGUGGAGAGAUUGAAUAUUUGACUAUAUCCCUUGGUUCUUUACUCCAUGGAGCUAGCUUAGAUGAACUUCGUCGUAUUAGAAUUAUUAUAUUAGCUACAGAUUAUAAUUCUGAAGAAGAGAAUUUUAUGAAACCUAUACUUAAUAAAAUUCCAAUAUAUACAUUGAUUCAACAAUAUCAUGAUCAAAUAUUUGAUAAAAAGACUGAUUUUUUUAUUUUUAAUGAAAAUAUUGGUUUUGCAUCAGUAUACCAUCUUUGCCAAAUGAAAACAGAGGAUUUUGAACAAUACUCCUUAUUUGAUAAAAGUAGUUAUAAAGAGGAUCCAGAUCUUUGGGUACCUUUUAUUUUAUAUCAUGAAGCAGAUUUGAUUAGUGGGCCAAAGACUAUAUCACAGAUUUUAAUUGCAACAGAUAUAAUUAAUAAUUAUACAGAUCCUCCUAAGAAAUCUCCAUAUGAAGACUUUGAUACUAAUAAAUUUACAAGGUGGAGAGCUAUGAUAGAUCAAUGGUGGCAUAAUCAUUCACUUGUUUAUAACUUAUUAUCAUAUAUUAAGAAUUACUGUAUUGAAUAUAACUACAAAAGUUGUAAUUGGUUUUUUGAUCAUAUAAUAAAAGUUGAAUUUCCUAUAUAUAUUCCAUUAGAAGUUGAUCCAAAUAUUAUAGGUUUUAAAGAUAUUCCUAUUGAGUGGCAGGAUAAACUUUUAAAUGAAGAUAAUGUAAGGAAGACUUCAUUUACUAUUAAAGAUAAAGAAAAUUCCUUAAUAUAUAAAGAGAUGAAUAUAAAGGGGAAAUUUUCAAAUGAUACUGAUAAUAUAUUUUAUAGCAAUGGAGAUUAUAUAACAAAACAUUGUAAUUAUAUUAGAGGUGUUUUUACUUGUGAGCAUAAAUAUUCAAAAGAAAACCCUCCAAGGAUUCUUGUAGCUAAAUCUUAUACUCCUCCUUCAGGUUCUAAUGAGCAUUGGUAUACUUCAGUUGACUUUAUUACUGGAUUUAUAUUUUAUCCAAUAUUGUUGGCUUUUUCUGCAACAUUUAUAAUUUUAUUACUUUAUUAUUUAUUUAAGUUAGUAUUUUUAAUUUUUAAGAAAAUAAGUGGAUCUAAAAAUAUAAGAAUUCAGAAUUCUUUGAGUAAUAUAGAUGAUAAUAUAUGUUUUGAAAAAAGUGAGGAUAUACAAUAUGAAUAUCCAACAGAGAAAGAAACUAAAUAUUUGUAUAAUGAAAGACAAGAAAUUGGAAAUAUUAAUAUAAAAUCUAAAUCCAAAAAUAGAAUACCUUGGAGGCUGAUGUUAUCACUUUUUUUCAUAUUCUGGGCAAUAAGUAUUAUAUUGUUUCUUACAAUUGAGAGACCAAAUAUUGGGCCUACAUACUCUCUUGGAAUAACAUAUUCCACUACUCCAAGAUUAUUUACUGGGACUGUAUUAAUGUCUAUAACAGCUUAUGAAGCUUUAACUAAAGAACUUUCAGUCAUUAAUAAUGCUAGAAAGAUGCCUAUUGAUCAUUAUAUAAACAAUUUUCUAACAAGUAACCAAAUAUAUCAAAAUUCAAUUAUCCCAAAUCCCUUUCAACAUAUUGGUAGAAUAUCAGCUAUUGGAGGCAAAUUAUACCCUUGUUUAAGAACUAUUUUUGUUACAACCCAGCAAACAAUUUUAAAUUCUUAUUAUAGUCUUGGAGGGGCAUUUGUAUUUGCUGAAAAUCUUAAGUUAAAAUUAAAAGGGAAAACUCCUUUAUAUAUGUAUAAUUAUGAAUCACCCGAUGUUAUUAAUAUUAAUUAA